AUGGCGGCAAAACUUUUGGAAUAUUCUCCAAAGAGAAGAAUGAUUUUUGACAAGUUUUGUGGAAAGGAGGGUGAAGAAAAAUGCCUUAAAGUUAUCUCAAAGCAUCAUUUUAAUAUAAGCGUUGGAGUACUGGUACCUUCAUUUUCCACAGAGAAAUUACAUGAAUGCAUUUCUAAACUUUUGUUUACUGAUUUUUCUUGCCUGGCUGAAGUUUCUCUCACUGAAAUAAUAAACGCUGAAUUUAUCUCGAAAUUUGUGAGACCAGGUUCCAUUUGUGCCCUUAGUCAUGGGACAAAAAUUGAUACAUCUGAUUGUGCAGCGCUACUGCCCACAGGUAUACUUCAUCUGUCACUUACUAAAGACUCUUAUGAAAGUCUUGGUAUUCAGGGAAAACCUUCUGCAUUUAAUAAUAAUCUCAGAUUUGAUAUUGAAAUCAAUUUAUUGGCACCAUACUUCAAACCAAACAAGAAAUAUUUUGAACGUGUUUCAAGAGGUUUCUUUAGGACUGGAUUGAAAUUUAAAUUCCUAUUUUCCAUGAAAGCAGAAUGUAAAGAUACUUGUGAACAAAAGCUUGACUCAUAUUUCAUAUCACUUGGUAUUUCUUGUAAAACAUUUGAAUGUAAAAAGGAAGUAAAGGCAUUCCUGGAAGUGAACAUCCCCAUAAUUUCAUUCAACAAUGAAGCAUUCCUGGAAAUUGAUUCACAAUGUAAUGCCAUGGAUUUCCAUGAAUGGUUAGGCAGUCUUGUAUGUGGAGUUGACUGUUCGAAAGCCGCUUCUGAUAGUUUUGUGAACACAUUAUCAUGUCCAGCACCAAACCAGCCUGACAAAGCAGCAUAUCAUAAAUGGACAGGAUUUAUCAAUUCAAGCGCUGUUUGCAAUUUGAUCAAAUCAGCGAGGGAAAUACUUGAUAGAAAUCCAGAACUCCCUUGGUUUAGUAUAAUGAUAUGGGGAUUUAGUGACACUCCAGUUUCAUGGCAAGAUCAUUGCCAUGGGUACUUCUUAUGUGGCGACAACCACUCCACAGUAAUCAUGUUUCAGAAGGAACAGAUGUGGAUGUACAGGAUGCUAGGGGAGCAUGAUGAACAACCAUGAUACUAUUCAGGGUUCCUGUGUUGUUGCCUGUGGAUACAAGGUGGAAUAUAGGGCAGGCUGUGGUGAUAACUGACUUCAGGUUGUUCUGGUUUGUCUUUUGAAAUGUUCGGAAUUGGAUGGUUCCUGUCCGUGAUGUCUGAA